CAGGCGAGGGAGAUGCCGGGCUGAACAGGGUCGCAGUGCCCUCGCGUCGCCGACCGAGAUUGUGACGGCCGUCCCGACGACGUGAAGGGCUUUCUCACUAAUGACUUUGUUGGAGGGUUAGGGGGCCAUGACUGCACCGCCCAUCCAUCCACUCGGGGUAGUGGCCCAGUGGCCGCCUCGUAGGAAUGCCCGGUCGGCGCGACGGGCGCGUGGGUCUCCGUCUCUCGCGCCUAGUGGGUGCGUAGUAACAGACGGGCAACGUCCCGGAGUCCCCAGCUGAGGGGCCUCGUCGCCUCACCAGCACCCCAGGGCCGUUUGAGGUGCUACGAGCCCGAUAGCGCCCCUCCAAGGCCGCACUGCGCGGCCUCCCUGCACUUCCGCCUUCCGGGCGGGAGGGCCGGUGCGCCUGCGCGCGCGCCCCGCACCGGCGGAAGUGGCUGCGAGCUCGGGGCUCGGCGGCCGGGAGUGCGGGGUGUGCCGGGCGGCGGGCGGGGCGGAGCGCGGGAGGCGGAGGCGGGAGGGAGGCAGCACCGCGCGAGCCGACGACGGAGACCGGCCACUCCGCAUCUCCUGCCCGCCCUGCCUGCCUGCCCGCUGGCCCCGCGUCUCACGACCCCCUUACGGUGCGGGGAGGCUCCUCUUGGCCCCGAGGUCGCGGGGCGCCAUCGCCCGCGAGCUCCCCCGCGGAUGCUGCUGCUGCUGGGGGUGGUGGGAGCAGCCGAGGGACGCGUGGCCAGGAGCGGGGGGUGACGGCAGCCCGGGACCCCGGGGGCUUCGCGUCCCUUGUCCACACUUCCCCCGAGUGUGGCCGUGGCUGACCCUAAAGACUUGCAGCCACCAACCCGAGUGCAGUUUCGAUGGAAAAUGAAGGUUGCACGUUUUCAAAAACUACCUAAUGGUGAAAAUGAGACAAUGAUUCCUGUAUUGACAUCCAAAAAAGCAAGUGAAUUACCAGUCAGUGAAGUUGCAAGCAUUCUCCAAGCUGAUCUUCAGAAUGGUUUAAACAAGUCUGAAGUUAAUCAUAGGCGAGCCUUCCACGGCUGGAAUGAAUUUGACAUCAGUGAAGAUGAGCCACUGUGGAAGAAGUAUAUUUCCCAGUUUAAAAACCCCCUUAUCAUGCUGCUUCUGGCCUCUGCAGUCAUCAGCGUCUUAAUGCAUCAGUUUGAUGAUGCCGUCAGUAUCACUGUGGCAAUACUUAUUGUUGUUACAGUUGCCUUUGUUCAGGAAUAUCGUUCAGAAAAAUCUCUCGAAGAAUUGAGUAAACUUGUACCACCAGAGUGCCACUGUGUACGUGAAGGAAAACUGGAGCAUACACUUGCCCGAGACUUGGUUCCAGGCGAUACUGUCUGUCUCUCUGUCGGCGACAGAGUUCCUGCCGACUUACGCUUGUUUGAGGCGGUGGAUCUUUCCAUUGAUGAAUCCAGCCUGACCGGAGAGACAACCCCUUGUUCCAAAGUCACAGCCCCCCAGCCGGCUGCAGCUAAUGGGGCCCUCGCGUCCAGAAGCAACAUCGCCUUCAUGGGAACUCUGGUCAGGUGUGGCAAAGCAAAGGGUAUUGUCAUUGGAACAGGAGAAAAUUCUGAAUUUGGGGAAGUUUUUAAAAUGAUGCAAGCAGAAGAGGCACCGAAGACCCCUUUGCAGAAGAGCAUGGACCUCUUGGGAAAACAGCUGUCGUUCUACUCCUUCGGAAUAAUAGGUAUAAUCAUGUUGGUUGGCUGGUUACUAGGGAAGGAUAUCCUGGAAAUGUUUACUAUUAGUGUGAGUCUGGCUGUCGCAGCAAUCCCUGAAGGUCUCCCCAUUGUGGUCACUGUGACACUGGCCCUUGGCGUGAUGAGAAUGGUGAAGAAAAGGGCCAUUGUGAAAAAACUGCCUAUUGUAGAAACUCUGGGCUGCUGUAAUGUGAUUUGUUCAGACAAAACUGGCACAUUGACAAAGAAUGAAAUGACUGUAACACACAUAUUCACUUCAGAGGGUCUACAUGCUGAGGUCACUGGUGUUGGCUAUAAUCAGUUUGGAGAAGUGAUUGUUGACGGUGACGUGGUUCAUGGCUUCUAUAAUCCAGCUGUUAGCCGAAUUGUUGAGGCCGGCUGCGUGUGCAAUGAUGCCGUCAUUCAAAACAACACUCUAAUGGGGAAGCCGACAGAAGGCGCCUUGAUCGCACUUGCAAUGAAGAUGGGACUUGAUGGCCUUCAGCAGGACUACAUCAGGAAAGCGGAGUACCCGUUCAGCUCGGAGCAGAAGUGGAUGGCUGUUAAAUGUGUGCACCGAACACAACAGGACAGACCAGAGAUUUGUUUUAUGAAGGGCGCUUACGAGCAGGUGAUUAAGUACUGCACCACAUACCACAGCAGAGGGCAGUCCUUGAUGCUGACACAGCAGCAGAGAGAUCUGUACCAACAGGAGAAGGCAAGAAUGGGCUCAGCAGGACUCCGAGUUCUUGCUUUGGCGUCUGGUCCUGACCUGGGACAGCUGACAUUUCUUGGCUUGGUGGGAAUCAUCGAUCCUCCCAGGACUGGUGUGAAAGAAGCUGUCACGACUCUCAUUGCCUCGGGAGUGUCCAUCAAAAUGAUCACUGGAGAUUCCCAGGAGACUGCGGUCGCCAUCGCAAGUCGUUUGGGAUUAUAUUCUAAGACUUCCCAGUCGGUUUCUGGAGAAGAAAUAGAUGCCAUGGAUGUGCAGCAGCUCUCACAGAUUGUGCCCAAGGUUGCAGUGUUUUAUAGAGCUAGUCCCAGGCACAAGAUGAAAAUUAUUAAGUCUCUACAGAAGAACGGGUCAGUUGUAGCCAUGACGGGGGACGGAGUGAACGAUGCGGUUGCGCUGAAGGCUGCGGACAUCGGCGUUGCGAUGGGGCAGACGGGCACGGACGUUUGCAAAGAGGCCGCAGACAUGAUCCUCGUGGAUGACGACUUCCAAACCAUAAUGUCUGCAAUUGAAGAGGGUAAAGGGAUUUAUAAUAACAUUAAAAACUUCGUUAGAUUUCAGCUGAGCACGAGUAUAGCUGCAUUGACUUUGAUCUCCUUGGCUACAUUAAUGAACUUUCCUAACCCUCUCAACGCAAUGCAGAUCUUGUGGAUUAAUAUUAUUAUGGAUGGACCCCCAGCUCAGAGCCUUGGAGUAGAGCCGGUGGAUAAAGAUAUCAUUCGCAAACCUCCUCGCAACUGGAAGGACAGCAUUUUAACUAAAAACUUGAUACUCAAAAUACUUGUUUCAUCAAUAAUUAUUGUCUGCGGGACUUUGUUUGUCUUCUGGCGUGAGCUGCGAGACAACGUGAUAACCCCUCGGGACACGACCAUGACCUUCACGUGCUUUGUGUUUUUUGACAUGUUCAAUGCACUGAGCUCCAGGUCCCAGACCAAGUCUGUGCUGGAGAUCGGGCUCUGCAGCAACAGGAUGUUCUGCUACGCCGUCCUCGGGUCCAUCAUGGGCCAGCUGCUGGUCAUCUACUUCCCGCCGCUGCAGAAGGUCUUCCAGACCGAGAGCCUGAGCAUCCUGGACCUUUUGUUUCUCGUGGGUCUCACCUCGUCCGUGUGCGUCGUGGCAGAGAUCAUAAAGAAGGUGGAACGGAGCCGGGAGAAGAGCCGGAAGCACACUGGCUCGACGCCGUCGUCCUUUCUGGAAGUAUGAUGCAUAUUGCAUUCUUUAUUUGCAAGCUAGGAAUUGCAGUCUGAGGAUCAUUUAGAAGGGCAAAUUCAAGAGGAUACUGAAGAUUUGAGAACUUUUUAACUUUUCAUUGACUAAAAUGAACUUUAAUGUUAAAGACUUGAUUUGAGACUUUAACCUGCUGGCAGUCCCAAAUGAAAUUAUGCAACUUUGAUAACAUAUUCUUUGAUUUAAAUUGGCUUUUGCAAUUGAGUGGAACUUUAUAUAAAGCAUAUGGGCAAUUACUUAAUUAAAAAAAAAAAGGCAAAGCCUGAACCACAUUUUCCGCACUUGAAGAGGUCUAACAGUAUAAAUACACUAUCUAUCUUAGAUAGGAUAAAGAUUUUUUUUAUUUUUGAAUAUUGUACUAUUUAUGGUGGUGGGGCUUUCUUACUAAUGCACAAUAAAUUCAGUCAUUUCAAAGUCAUUCUUCUUGUUUUAGAAGAUGUGCCAUGUUUCAGCUACUGUAUUUUCUUUCUCCUGUCAUGUAAGCAGCUCCAAUAACUUGUGCCCCCAUUUUUGUAUCGCACAUUUUUUGCACAGGAAGUGACCACUGUCAAAUCACUGUUUUGUUUCUUUUUGUGACUGAAAAGCCAAUACUGCAAUUUGAAGUAAAUGUUUUCUUUUCUUA